AGUCCUAGCAGAGCAGUCAAGGCUAGGAAAGUACUCACAAAAGUUGUAAACUCCCUGACUUCACAAAAUGAAAUUGGUGGCCCCAUGGCAUGCAUGUAUCUGCUGAACCAUCCAGACCAUUAUACCAGUCACAUAUUCCAAAGGGUCUAUUGGAGAUCAUAUGUGAAUGAGGUCAGGAAA